AUGGCAACUUCAAGUUCAGAUAACAAAGCAAAGCCGAGUGCACUGCGUUCUAUAAUUGCUGGCUCCACGGCCGGAGCUGUGGAAAUUGCUAUCACAUACCCAGCCGAAUUCGCAAAGACGCGAACUCAACUCAACCGACGUCUACCAGACUUGCAGAAACUUGGAUGGCCUCCAUUCGGGAAGGCAUGGUAUGCAGGAUGUACGACCUUGAUCAUCGGAAAUUCUCUCAAAGCUGGAAUACGCUUCGUGGCCUUCGAUACAUAUAAGACAUUGUUGCAAGAUGAAUUUGGCAAGAUAUCUGGGCCGAGGACAGUAAUAGCAGGCUUUGGCGCUGGCAUAACAGAAUCCUUGUUCGCUGUCACGCCAUUUGAAAGUAUAAAAACUACACUAAUCGAUGACCGGAAGUCAGCCAACCCCCGCAUGCGUGGCUUUCUGCAUGGUUCAGGCAUAAUAUUUCGGGAACGAGGUAUAAGGGGGUUCUUCCAAGGUUUCGUACCGACCACCGCACGGCAAGCAGCGAAUUCGGCAACAAGGUUCGGAACCUAUACAACCAUAAAGCAAUUUGCUCAAGGCUACGUUGCGCCGGGGGAGAAGCUCGGCACGGUGAGCACCUUCGCCAUAGGUGGGUUGGCAGGUUUAAUCACUGUAUAUGUCACCCAACCUCUAGAUACUAUCAAGACACGAAUGCAAUCGAUUGAUGCGCGGAAGGAGUACAAAAACAGCUUUGAGUGUGCAACCAAAAUUGUGAAGAACGAAGGCUUUUUCACCCUCUGGUCAGGAGCAGUUCCGCGGCUGGCAAGGCUAAUAUUGAGCGGAGGCAUUGUUUUCACCAUGUAUGAGAAAACAAUGGAGGGACUAGAUAGACUGGAUCCCGAACGACAAUACAUAUAA